AUACUGUGCAGCGUUGCCAUGUCGAAUACAUCAAGGAUUGAGUGUCGGAGGCUUUAUGAGAAAGUGGUUUUCGUCGCAGGGGGUGAGAAAAAAGCAAAGGAAAAAUUCAAGAAAGUCUGAUCACAUGUGGGUCAUGACUACGCCGUACCUCGCGAGAUAUCAGCAUGAGCUUCUGUCCACGGAGACGCUUUCGCAUCACUCCUAUGCGAGCUCUGGCGGCAUUUUUCCUGAUGUUCGUAUUGUUUUGGUAUAACCUCAAUCGGCAAGAGAUUCCGCAGCAACCGUGUAGCGUGCCCGAAGAAUUUACUGAAAAAUUACACGACCUUGCAUACAGGGCUCACUUGGUUCUCACUAAAUUGGGCAUCGUCCACUUUCUCUGCUUGGGCGGCCUUUGGGGUCAAGUUCGAAUAGGCCGCGCACUGCCGUGGGCUCGUAAAGUGGAGCUAUGCCUGGUCGACACUCUUCGCGACGAUGUCUUAAUCACAAAAGCCUUCCGGGAAGUUGGUUUGAGUGCAACCUAUCUUCACGCGGCGGGGAUUUACAGGAUACAGGAGCACGAGGUCGGCGAGGAUGCACCCAAGGUGGAGGUGGUCGUUUUCGAGGAAGACGCUGUGACGCAGAUGGUGAGGAGGGUCGGCUGGACCAGAAGGGUCCUGCCUCCGGACUGCGAAUUUUCACCGAGUCUACAGUGCUUUCCGCCACAAUUAGUGAUACCUCCUCUACCGGCGAAACAAUUCGGCGGUCGAUUGAUGCCUGUGCCACGAGAAGGCAUAGAAUUACAGAAGUAUCAUUAUCCCAACGAUUGGUGGCUGGAGAUCAAACCCACUGACUGUACCGAGCCCCAAGAGACGAACGUGUAGUGUACAAUCAUGGUGCAAUUAAUUCUAGUAUGAUAUUAGAACACAGUAUAAUUCGCUAGAUCGGAACAUUUGGUUCUAACCUGUUAUUCAAUUAGCUUGGAUAUAGUCCAGUUAUAGUUUAGUUGAUUUAUAGUGCCCAAUAAAAUAAUUAGUUUGAACUACAAUGAAGAAAGGCACUGAGAUAUUUUAUUAUAAUCAAGAUACUUUCUAGAAGUAGACGACGAAUAGAAAAUGUACAUGUGAUAAUAACGGUAGAUAUUGAGUUAUUGUGUAAUUUUGUUCAUAGAUUUAAUUUAUCCUUCUAAAAAAAGUUCGAUCAGCGUACACAAAGUGACAACGCAAUUACCGCUUAUAGAAAGUAUUCAAGUGCUGUCAUAAACAAAAAACGUACGAUUAGUGUUAUUGGUAGUGAGACUAUCUGCUAAUCAUCGUAGCGAUUGUACUGUUAGAUGAUUACGAAUAGAUGACAAUUAUAAGUCUC